UGACAGGCACCUGACCAGCAUCUGUAACACAGCAGUAUAUAAACACACGAUUAAUGAGAAAGCUCUUCAUUGAAGGACACCCAAGUCAAGUCUUUGCAGAAUGAAGGUUUUGCUUGUUGUGAGUGCUCUUGUGGCUCUGGCUAGUUCUGCCAGGAUCUCUCUGGAGGACCUGGAGUUUCAUGCCUGGAAACUGAAGUUUGGUAAGAUCUAUAAGUCUGUGGAGGAGGAGUCUCAGCGUAAAAAUUCAUGGCUGGAAAAUCGCAAACUGGUCCUGGUACACAACAUCCUGGCCGACCAGGGCAUCAAGAGUUACAGGCUUGGCAUGACCUACUUCGCAGACAUGAGUAACCAGGAGUACAGACAGUCAGUAUUUAAGGGCUGUCUGGAAUUCUUCAACAGGACAAAGAGAGACAGUGCAGUUACAUAUCUCCGACAGGCAGGGGGAGCUGUACUACCAGCAAUGGUGGACUGGAGGGACAAGGGCUACGUGACUGAUGUUAAGGACCAAAAGGCAUGCGGUUCUUGCUGGGCCUUUAGUGCGACAGGGGCACUAGAGGGUCAGACAUUCAGGAAAACUGCAAAACUUGUGUCUCUCAGUGAGCAGCAGCUGGUAGACUGCUCUGGUAAAUUUGGUAACAUGGGCUGUGGUGGAGGUUGGAUGGACUGGGCCUUUGACUAUAUAAAAGAAAAUGGAGGACUGGACACAGAGGACUCCUACCCCUAUGAGGCCCAAGAUAAGCCUUGCAGAUAUAAUCCAGCCACUGUUGGAGCCACCUGCACCGGCUACGUGGACAUUCAUGAUGAGAAUGCUUUGCAGGAAGCCGUGGCCACCAUUGGACCAGUUUCUGUUGCCAUAGAUGCAGGCCAUGAGUCCUUCCAGCUCUAUGAAUCAGGUGUCUAUGAUGAACCUGACUGUAGCAGCACUUCACUGGAUCAUGGUGUCCUGGCUGUUGGUUACGGCACUGAAGAGGGACAGGAUUACUGGCUUGUCAAGAACAGCUGGGGUCUUGACUGGGGUGAUGAAGGCUACAUCAAAAUGUCCAGGAACAAGAAUAACCAGUGUGGCAUUGCCACACAAGCCAGCUAUCCUCUGGUAUAAAGAUGAGAGACAUCAAACAAAAUCUUCAUGACUAACUCACAGAGGAAACUGCAGUAUGUUCAGGAACGUAGUGACUUGACCAUCUACAGGAUUUCCCUCCCAGUAAUCACAACUGAUCAUUUUAAUACAAAUGUUGUACUUUACUUUAUAAAAAUGUGUUCAUAUCUGCAUAAAUGUAAAAACAAAUAUAGAUUUAACAAAUUCUAAUGUGUAUACUGUAUGUGAUAAUGUAGUUGUUAUAUUUGUUUUUACAAAUACAUUGGAGAGAACCACUGCAAGGGAAUAGGUGCUAAUAGAUAUAAUUAUAUUAUACUUGCUAAUAGAUAUAAGAUUCAUGCAUUUAUUCUGUAAACAUUGCUGCAAAUUAUUUACAAAUAAACUAAAUGCUUGAUACAAAUGA